AUGAAGCAGCCUCAAGGCUUUGAAGAUGCUAUACAUCCUUCUCAUGUCUGCAAGUUACUCAAGUCCUUGUAUGGUCUUAAACAAGCUCCUCGAGCUUGGAAUGCUAAGUUCACCAGUUAUCUUCGUACUUUGGGUUUCACUCUAUCUCAUUUUGAUCCAAGUCUAUUUGUUAAGCAUACAGGCACUGACAUAGUUCUUCUCCUCAUUUAUGUGGAUGACAUUAUCGUCACUGGUUCCUCCUCUACAUUAGUUCAAUCUAUUAUUACAGAUCUGGGUGAAGCUUUUGAUAUGAAAGACAUUGGCAAACUUACUUAUUUUCUUGGAUUGGAGAUUUCAUAUCUUUCGAAUGGUGAUAUUUUUGUCAACCAGGCUAAAUAUCUUCAAGAUCUUCUCAAGAAGGCAGCCAUGGUUGAGUGUAAACCAUGUUCAACACCAGCCAAACCUCAUCAGCAGUUUCUUAAGGAUGAAGGUGUUUCUCUCCAAGAUCCUACCACUUAUCGAAGUCUCGUGGGGGCUCUUCAGUAUCUCACUUUCACUAGGCCUGAUAUCGCCUAUGCUGUCAAUUCUGUAUGCCAGUUUAUGAUAGCUCCUACAGAUAUUCAUUUUGGUGCAGUCAAACGUAUUCUCCGAUAUCUCAAGGGUACCUCUCAUUAUGGUAACACUUACACUUCAAGUGAUAUGCAACUACUGGUCUAUAGUGAUUCAGAUUGGGCAGGAGAUCCUAAUACCAGGCGCUCAACCACUGAAGCCGAGUAUAAGGCUUUAGCUCAUUCUGCCUCUGUGGUUUCGUGGAUACGACAGAUUCUUAAGGAUAUGCAUUUCUUUCUUGCAUCCCCUCCUCUCUUGCAUUGUGAUAAUUUGUCUGCUCUUGCCUUAAGUUCAAAUCCUAUUUUUCAUUCCAGGAUCAAACAUUUAGACACCGAUUUUCAUUUUGUUCGUGAAAGGGUUCAGCGCGGGGACAUUCAUGUUCAAUAUGUGCCUACACAAGAACAGGUGGCUGAUGUGCUCACCAAGGGGCUUCACAAUCCAGUCUUUUUGCAACACUGCUCCAAUCUAAAGCUGGGCCCGCCAGCUUAG